UCCUACAAGAAUCAGACAGAAAUCUCGUAUACAAAGGAGUCGAAGCUUCCUGGGCUCACUAUGUUCUAGAUUCACUAAACCAGGAUGGUGAAGUUGAGAGUAAACGAGCACGAGGACAGUUCUUUUGGGGGACUAUGUUGUUCAGUGUCUAGAUUACUAGUCGUCGAUGCUGCCCGUGAUGAGAUACAGAAAGAAGGGAUAAGCAUUGUAUCAUCGUGAUGGUCAUAUUUGCAUACUUAAUCCUCGAUCCCCCCCUGUCUCUUCCAACUUCACACGGAGCCCGAAAUGCCUCAAGUCUUCCUCGCCAAAGACUUCCCAACCGAACGAGCCCUCCUCAACCACGCAAAACAGGAAGUCUGCCAUGCAAUCCAGAGCUCAACCAAACUCGAAGAUGAAGAGAUCCUGUAUCUACAAAUGGAACAGCGCUGGGCGACGUAUGUUGCCUGUCGCCUAUGCGACGAUGGUGAUGAGUUGACUGCGGCUAA